AUGUCAAGAGGAAGGAGACAUGCGCGCGCCCUCGCUGCGAGUUCACCAGAGGGAUCGGCCCUACCUUCACGGAGUGAGGUUGGCGAUGAUGACGGGGAUGAUGGCCAGCGCCACGCGCAGCAGCAUGACGACAACGACUACUAUUUCGAUACUUAUGAUAUGCACGAGGUCCUUGACGAGGUCCUUGACGGUGAUGUGGACCCAGCAACGUUGCACAACAGGCAAGUGGCUGCCCACGCUCAUGACGAUGAAGUGCGGAUACGGCUUGAGCUGGAGCGAAGAGCAACAGCAAAUGCACCGCGUGGGUCCAUGCGCAAUGGGCAUUCAGACACUCAAGCAGCACCCUGGACAGGAGAGCCUGUGUCGGCGCUCAGCACCACGAGCGUGGGCUCCAGUGAGCGGAGGCACAGCACAACAGACCUGGAACGAGGAAGCACCCCUGACGCACCGCGCCGUGAGGUUGAUUUCACGGGCGGCUCCCAUGUACUGCACCUUCCCGUCGCUCACCCCAACUCAGCCACGCUAAUGCAGCCGCCACAACAACCACCUUUUCUCAACACGCGUGAUUCCGGUUUCUCUUGCGUCGCUGCCGGACAACCUUCCAAACCACAACCACAAGGCCCGCCCUCACCAACAACGCCACCGACGCCACCAACGCCAAUGCUCCGGCUUUCGGAUGCCGAGAGGGAGCGGAUACAAGUGCUGCUGACGAUGAUGCGCGAGACCCCAGACACUGUCAUCCAGCGAAAUGCCAAGAAGGACCUGGCGGCCAUUCUCAAGUCCCUGUCCAAGAUGUUCAAGUGGGCCCCUCCUUACGCGGACGGCGACAUUGCGUUUGCACGGAAGCCGCCACACGGCGCUGAAGCCAGCGACUGGAUUUUCAAACACUACCGCCCCUGGGGCAAGCUGCCGCUGUUAGGGCGUGCAGUGGUGCAGGCCCACACAUUCGCCCUGGUCGUUCUUGCCCUCGCCCUUUGCAUGUGUGCGGCCUGCUUGAUCUUUGGCAUCUACAACCACAUCGCCGGCGACACCACAACCACCGUUUCCACGGGCUUCAUCAUCUGGGGCGUUGUUGUCGGCUUCAUCUCUUACCUUGCCCAGUCAACGCUGGGCGUGUUUUCCAGCGACUAG